AUGGUCUCCAAGCGAGAGACACGAUAUACGGAGGGGCAAGAUCGUCAGCAGGACCGUCAGCAGGAUCGUCAGCAGGACCGUCAGCAGGAUCGUCAGCAGGACCGUCAGCAGGAUCGUCAGCAGAAUCGUCAGCAGGACCGUCAGCAGGAUCGUCAGCAGAAUCGUCAGCAGGACCGUCAGCAGGAUUGCCAACAGGAGCAUCGGCAGGAGCAUCGACGGACGGCACAGCAGGAUGGUGGUGGCGAAGGUGGUCGUUAUGUGAUCGCAAGUGAUCCCCCAGGCGUGCAGGCGUGCCACAGGCUGCAUUGUCCAAGCCUCGGCUUGGACUGUCAGCCGGCCGAUAGUUACCUAAAGCCUCUUUCGACCAUGGCCACGCCAACUCAGUCAACGUCGAUCAACUCGACACCAGCAUCAUCAUCACCAAGAGGCCACGGAGUACGCGACAGGAUAUUCGCCAUCCCCGAACUAGUAGAGCGCGUCGCGCAUUUCCUCGACUCUAGGACAAUCGUCGCAUGCGCUCGUGUCAGCAAGACAUGGUAUUCCAUCUGGUUGCCCAUCCUCUGGCAUACCAUCGACGCAGGUCGGCAGUGGCACGACCCCGCCUUCCUCAACGCCCUCAACCGACACGCCGACCUCAUUCGCAUCCUUGAAUGUUCCCGCUACGACGAUAUCAGUCUCCUGUUCGCUUCCUCUGCAGCAACGACCACCUCAGGCAUUGAGAAUACACCAACUUGUCCUAAGAAUCUCAUUACUCUGGUGCUCCCCAAGACCACACUCGCCAACCAAGCGGACCAUGUGCGUCUACUUCGACUCAACCCACAACUACGUGACCUGUCCCUUGCACUUCAUGAUGACCCGCCAUCUCACUAUCCAGAAUUGAUCGAGGCGGUCUGCGAUUUACAAUUCCUCCGCCGACUCGCCCUCGAUGAGAUCAAGUCACAAACACUAGAGACCAUACUCGGCCGACGGAAUCGAUCUCUUCAGGAAUUGUCUUUCAAGGGCACUCAAUUUUUGAGGCACCCCUUUGGGUCAGGAGAAGACUUUGCAGCACCAGCAAUUGAUCAAGGCGGGGCCAAGGUGAAGGAACCAAAGGAAUCGUUCGGUAUCCAGUCCCUCCACCUGCAUGGUGUCGCCUGUCAACAAGAACUACUCCUCAAUCUCGGCAGCCGAUUCCCCUUGCUCAGUCGCCUCUCCCUUCGAGGGGCGGCAGAACUGUACUUUGACGAUGACUUUGCCGAAAAAUUCGCGCGACUGUGUCCACAGAUCAGGAGCAUCGAUAUGUCCUUGAUCGAGGACACGGACGAUGAGUCCAUCGCACGAUUGAUCCGAGCGUUCCCAGGACUGCGUACCUUCCGCGCAGCAGAGACACGGUUCGGAAACAUGAGUCUGUGUGCAAUGGUCGAGGGAUGUCGCGAUCUGACGGUCUUGGACAUCAGUUCAACAUACGGUGCGCAGAGCAGCGGUAUUCAAAAACUGCUUGAACGAUCCCGGGGGUUGACACAGCUGGAUGCAUGGAAACUUUCGCUCAAUGUCCCUGAGAUGAUGUCUGAGGCUUAUGGAACGAGAGUCUCGGAUACAGAAACAGGAGUUGAUACAACAUAUGAGGUGUCUUUUCAACAUGCAGGAACGGGAUCUGUCUCUGGAACCAAAACACAAUCAACGACUCAUACAGCAUCUGCGGGACGAUUGUUAGGCGAGAAGUAUAAGGGGGUAUGGGCCUGCCGAGGACUAGAGUCAUUGGUAGUCGGCAUCGACUAUUCCGCAGAUGAAUUGACAGAGCAAGAACGCCUGCUCUACCCACCAUCCAAGGCUCGUCAAUUUAUUUACGAUCAAAUCUCCCAGUUGGCCAACCUCCGCUACUUGGCUAUCGGCGGCGGAAUUUUAGGAAUCGACGAUGACGGAAGCGAUGAAGAGGAUGAAGGCGAUGAAGAAGAUGAAAUCACAGGAAAUGGACAAGGCAGCGGGGGAAAUAUUGAAACUGACAGCGACGGCUCUAACAGCGACUCUGAUGCGGCCGAACCAUUCGAGGACGAUCACGACGACGAGGACUGGGCCCCAUCUUCUAAGGCAUCCGUGAAGAAGUUACAGACUAUCAUGGCUAAUCUGGAGGUGAAUGAUCAAGAUAACAAUAAGAUCUGGAUCGAUUUCUCGUUACGAUCGGGAUUGGCGACACUGGCACCACUCAAGGAACUUCGAGUCCUUUCGGUCAGUCAAGGUGUCCAUGCCAUCGGCGUUCGUGAGAUUGAGUGGAUGUGCAAGAACUGGCCCAAUCUGAAGUCAAUUGAGGGGUUGUAUGAGAAUGAGGCCGAGGAGGCUGUUGCUUGGUUGAAGAAGCAUCGACCUGACAUUGAACUGGAGAACGAUGACUAG